GUCUACUUCCGCUUUCCCGUCGUUCAUACCAUCAUACAUGCACGUGAAGGUCAGCAUUAGAACCAUAAGAAACUUGGAUAUUGAUAAAUUAUCUCCUACAACGUCUUCUCUUAUAAACAAUGGACGGCCAGGGAGCGACUGCAGACCCUCAACUUCAACAGUUUAUCGAAAUCGAGUCGCAAAAACAGAGAUUUCAGCAGCUGGUUCAUCAGAUGACUGAGGUUUGCUGGGAGAAAUGCAUGGAUAAACCGGGACCAAAGCUGGACUCAAGGACUGAAAUGUGCUUCGUUAAUUGUGUGGAGAGGUUUAUUGACACCAGCCAGUUUAUCCUUAACAGACUGGAACAGACUCAGAGGGGCAAGGGCUCAUUCUCUGAGAGCAUGUCAGACUAAAAACUGUCCCUGAAAAGACUGACGAGACGCAGAGCACGCAGCAACCACCACCCUGAGAGGAUGUCAUUCGGCAGCCAACGUCAUGUCGUUGAACUGUCCCAUCAGCUGGAGAAAAGGAAAAACGUGAAUUGUUGCUUUUGGUACAAGUGCCUGAUAUUAUCAUAUAUAGAGUAAUGAAAAAGUCUGUUCGUCCUGUCACUUUGAGCUUAAAUGUUAUACUGAGCUUGAAUGUGUUAAACUAGUGGGUCAAGUGUAGGAGACUGUCAAAAAAUGGAUGCACCUGGGACAUUAAGCUGGCCAGCUGUUUUGAAAGCUACUUGGACUUCUCAGUCUACUCUACGGUAACUUAAGUGAGCAAACGGUCGUGUCAUGACAGAGGAGGAGUGAGGUUAUGGACUGUAUAUAUGCAAUAAACCAAAUGCCAAAUAA